CACUUGACCCCCUCAGAGAAAAAGCCAGAGUGACUCACAGGAGAAAGACAAAGCAACCAAAGCUUCCCGGGUGUAGAGGAAGUCCAAAGUCACCAGAAGGAAGAAGAAAACCUGAAACAGCGAGAGCUGGCCAAGCGCUGCUAAGACCUAUGCAAAUAAGACCCACCCAGGCUACCUGGAAAUCGGGCCUGGGAAGUCAGAAAACAAAGCACAAGCGUGCAGGGCUGCACGGAAGGGAGGCGGAGGAGGCGGCUCCGAGGGAGCAGGUAAGGAGACAGACAGGAUCGCGGAGGGACGGGUCACAGGGCCCCAGAGUCCAGAGAGGCAGCAGCCGUGCAGCGCGCGACAGGUGAACUCUGGCCUGGGACGGCAGGCUACUGGGUUCAUCUUUCAAACUCAGCCACUCUUUAGCUGGGAAGACUUCGGCAAGUCGCCUCACCCUUCUGAGCCUUGGCUUCCCCAUCUAGAAAAUGGGUCUAAAAAUAAUCAUGCUAACUCUGUAUUGAGCGCCUUCUGUAUUCUACUGGGCACCUUAUAGACUAUUCCUUCCCCAGAGCAACCUUGUAGGAGUGGGAUGAUUAGCCUUUUUUACAGAGGAAAAUGAAGUUCAGAGAGGUUAAGCCAUUUGUCCAAGACAAAUGGUUCCAAAUCUGGUUCCAAAGCCGGCACCUUUCUACUCCCCAUUCAGCCUCUCUCACAGGGUGGUUUUAGAGUAUCAAAUGGCUUUCUGCAAACAACAACAAAAAAUCCCAAAAGGCAAGUAACCUAUCUAGAUGGAUCACCACACUUAGAUCUUAGCAAGGGCCAGGGCCCUUUGUAAACUGUGAAGUGCUAUGGAAAUGCCAGUUCUUGGUUGAAAACAAUGGAGUGAUGCUGGAGACAAUUGAUAUUUGGCGAUGACUUGUUCAUAGACCAAGGAGAUGACUUUGGGGCGGUGUUUAGGAUUUACUGUAGCUGAGAUGUCCUGGCUUGGGGUGGAGGUGAUACAUGGCCAGAGUCUUUCCCCAGCUGAUCCUGAAACAGCAGUGGAUCCCUGGGAGAGCAGCACAGAUAAAGAUCCAGGCAAUAAUGAUGCUUCCUCCUCUUGGACAGCCUUUUACAGUUCUGGCCAUGGAACUUCAGAGAAGGCUGCAUAAUAUCUCUUCCUAUGGAUGGAGCAGAAUCUACUUAAUCAAUGUCCUAUUACUGGAUGAUGACGUAGUUCUCCAUACGUCACCGUUAAACCAGCGCCUGGAUGAGCAUCUCUUUACUCACAUCUUUGCAGAAGUCCUUGAUGGUUUCCGUGGAAUCGAUUCCCAGUGGGGGAAAUGAUGAGUCAAGGUUACAUACAGUUUAAGGCCUCUGAAACCUUCUCUGAUGGUCUCAUCGGGAGCAGCCACCAAGCACCUGAAGCCCAUUUUCCUUUUUGCCCUUUAUUAACAACCAUUAAAAUUGUGUAUUUAUUUAUUGCCCAUUAUUCAUUAAAUGUCUCUUUGCCUCACUACACUCUACAUGUCAUGAGGUCAAAGACAAUGUCUAUUUUGUUCACCAUAAUACCUUGCACAGCACCUGGGCUAGAGUAAGCACUCGAUAAUGUCCGAGUGGAUGAAUGGACUGCAGAAUAAAGCACUGGUGCAGAGCCCUGCUAAACUACCCUAGUUUCGCUUAGGGCUCCAUCUCCCUCUGCAUAUCUUCAUUUCCUCCUUCCCUGUUUGGAGCAGUGCCAGAGGUCUAGAAGAAAACCAGGAAGCCACAGGUCAGAGUAUAAGCAGGUUUUGCUUCAGACAUCGGCUCAGUCGGGGUAGAUGAUGUCAUAUCAGGGGCUCUAGGGAGACUCCCUUCCCCCAGAUCCCCUCUUCCACAGUUCCUGGAUUUCUACCAUGAGUCUUCUGGCCGUGAAGGAUUCCUGAUCACAUGCAAACGCUUAUUAUCUAGCUAGUAACACGCACUGAGUAGGGGGACGGCAUGGAUGCAGCCUUCUGUCUUUACGAAAACCAUGAGUCUGAAGACAUGGGUCCCAUGUCACCAUUAACUAGCUGGGUGACUUUGGAUCAACUCUUCAAAUUAUUCAAAUGACCCAUAUGAGAAACAGAGAAAAGCCAAGUAUUUCUGGUUGAAACGGAGAAGCUGGGCUGGAUUGCGCCUCCCUCCAACUCCCCGCUUUAACUCCCUAAGGUUGGUGGGAUGGCCAGCUCUAAGAUCUCAGAAGGCUGACCGGCUGUGUGCUAAGAACAAAGCAGAAGGCAGCGAGGACGUCUCCCGCGAGGCCUCCCCGUGUGUGGCUGAGGAUGGCUGAGCAGCAGGGCCGGGAGCUUGAGGCUGAGUGCCCCGUCUGCUGGAACCCCUUCAACAACACGUUCCAUACCCCCAAAAUGCUGAAUUGCUGCCACUCCUUCUGCGUGGAAUGUCUGGCCCACCUCAGCCUGGUGACUCCAGCCCGGCGCCGCCUGCUGUGCCCGCUCUGUCGCCAGCCCACAGUGCUGGCCUCAGGGCAGCCUGUCACUGACUUGCCCACGGACACUGCCAUGCUCACCCUGCUCCGCCUGGAGCCCCACCAUGUCAUCCUGGAAGGCCGUCAGCUGUGCCUCAAGGACCAGCCCAAGAGCCGCUACUUCCUGCGCCAGCCUCGAGUCUACACGCUGGACCUUGGCCCCCAGCCUGAGGGCCAGAUUGGGCCGCCCCCAGACAUGGCCUCUGUCACCGUGUCUACGCCCAUCCUCAUCCCCAGCCACCACUCUUUGAGGGAGUGUUUCCGCAACCCUCAGUUCCGCAUCUUUGUCUACCUGAUGGCCAUCAUCCUCAGUGUCACUCUGUUGCUCAUAUUCUCCAUCUUUUGGACCAAGCAGUUCCUUUGGGGUGUGGGGUGAGUGCUGUUCCCAGACAAGAAACCAAACCUUUUUCAGUUGCUGCUGGGUAUGGUGACUACGGAGCCUCAUUUGGUAUUGUCUUCCUUUGUAGUGUUGUUUAUUUUACAAUCCAGGGAUUGUUCAGGCCAUGUGUUUGCUUCUGGGAACAAUUUAAAAAAAAACAAAAAAACGAAAAGCUUGAAGGACCGGGAGAUGUGGAGCGACCUCCGGGUGUGAGUGUGGCGUCAUGGAAGGGCAGAGAAGUGGUUCUGACCACAGAGCUCCACAGCAAGUUGUGCCAAAGGGCUGCACAGUGGUAUCCAGGAACCUGACUAGCCCAAAUAGCAAGUUGCAUUUCUCACUGGAGCUGCUUCAAAAUCAGUGCAUAUUUUUUUGAGUUGCUCUUUUACUAUGGGUUGCUAAAAAAAAAAAAAAAAAAAAAAAAAAAAAUUGGUAAGUGAGCUUCAAUUCUGUGGGUAAAUGUGUGUUUGUUUCUCUUUGAAUGUCUUGCCACUGGUUGCAGUAAAAGUGUUCUGUAUUCAUUAAUUCAUUCACUUACUCAUUCCACGACCAUUUACUGGGCUGGUGCUGAGUGCCAGAAC